UGCAACCAUCAGAACUGAAGGAUGCAUUUCAUAAUAAAAAUUAUUCAUGCUACUCCCUUCUUGCUAAAAUGCUGCUUGCCAUAAAAAAUGCUUAUCAGCGAGACCAAGACAAACCGUUGUUAUCUUUUUUUAAAGUUUCCUCUUUCUUUUUAGUUGUGGGUAUAAAGUUCAAGUACUCGUGUACUUUGUAAGUUUAUGAACUUAAGUAAGGUGCUGCCUGCAGUGUGUGUUUUAACAGGUGACAUGGUUUCCAUUUCUUACGUACUUCAGUCAGCUCAGCACCAAAGCAUUCUGAAGAAAUGUUUCCCAGUGGUGCUCUGCUGUCUCUACCUGCUCUUCAGAACCCGAGGGAAGGAUCGGUAUUCUCAGCUCAUCUUGUUAGGCCUGAUUUUCUCCUUGGGAGGUGAUGCCUGUCUCAUUUACCCCAACCUAUUCAUUCCAGGGAUGGCAUUGUUUGCUGCUGCUCACGUGUGUUACAUCUUGGCUUUCGGAUGGCACCCCUUAAAUUGCACUUCCCUUCUUUUCAUCCUGCCUCUUGAAGGAAUUAUUUGUGCAAUACUUUUACCCAAUCUGGAUGACAAACAGAAGAUCUUUGUUCCCAUUUAUAUGAUGUUACUUGGCACCAUGGUUUGGAGAGCCCUCAGCCGAAAAUAUGAUUCUGCCAGCGGGCGCUAUAGUGCCAUAGGAGGUGUGAGCUUUAUGGUGUCAGACUGUGUGAUUGGGCUUGACAUGUUUGUUCAGCACGUGUCCUGGUCCAGUUUAUUCAUCAUGACAUCCUAUUACAUUGCCCAAAUUCUCAUCACUCUCUCAGCCACAGAAUUGCAAGCUAUAAAUACCAAAAAGUCCAGUUAACUAAAUACACCUUUACAAAAUAACUUCUUAAAGUCCCAAUAGCAUAAGAUGUUAUUAAAUCAAACUUCUCAAGUGUAUAAAGCAGAUUAAAACAAAUGUUGUUCUUAAAAACUAAA